UUGGACGCGGUGAAGACGUACAUGCGGAUGCGCCACGUGCCGGACCACCUGCAGAACAAGGUGAUUCGGUGGUUCGACUACCUCUGGCUGACGCAGAAGUCUUCGGACGAGGAGCGUUCGGUAGGCUGCCUGCCGGACAAGCUCAAGGCCGAGAUCGCCAUCCACGUGCACCUGGACACGCUCAAGAGGGUCGAGAUCUUCCAGAACACCGAGGCCGGCUUCCUGUGCGAGCUGGUGCUUAGGCUACGGCCCGUGCUCUUCAGUCCCGGUGACUACAUCUGCAGGAAGGGCGAGGUGGGCAAGGAGAUGUACAUCGUAAACCGCGGCCGGCUCCAGGUGGUGACGGACAACGGCAAGACGGUGCUGGCCACACUGCGUGCGGGCUCCUACUUCGGCGAGAUCUCCAUACUGAACAUGGGCACGGCGGGCAACAGGCGCACGGCAUCCGUGCGCUCGGUCGGCUACUCGGACCUCUUCUGCCUCUACAAGCAGGACAUGUGGGACGUGCUCAAGGACUACCCGGCAGCCAGGGUCCGCCUCGAGGCCAUCGCCGUCAAGCGGCUCGAGAAGUACAAGCGCGACCCGCUCCGGAAAAUUGCCCUGGGCCGGAGCCGGAGCACCCCCGGCCUGGUCGAGUCCCGCGGAAAGCUGCCGCUCGAGGAGAUGGCGGUGGCGCCCAGCAAGGAGGCGUCGUCGUCGGUGGCCGCCCUCGCUCAGGGCACGGGCAGCGGCAGCAGCACGAGCAGCCAGGAACCCAGGAUGGCUACCACCAGCAGCAGCGCGGCCUGGAACGAGCCCCGGCGCUACGCGGCCGUCGUCACCCCGGCGUCUCCGUGCCCGUACCGCAACGGGGCCCCCUCGGAGUACUCGGCGAACGCCAGUCCGCUGGGCACGUCGUCGGCGUCCACCACCCACCUACUUGUGCCGAGCCUCGCGGGCGCAGCACAGGGCAGCCCCGCGCGAGACGCGUCCCAAGAGGCCCUGCUUGCCGAGAUCAAGAGACUCCGGGAGCGCCUGGUUACCCUGGAAGCCGAGAACGCCACCAUGAGCGUCAAGCUGAGCCAGCAGCAGUGGGAGGUCGAGAACAGACUCGCCGAGAUCGAGCUCCAGAUCUGCGGUGCGGUGAGUCCGGGGAGCAGCGGGUGCUCGUCGGACGAGCACGAGCGUAACAGAGAGUCCAUCAUCUGA